CUACCGUGCUGUACGGGAGGCAACGAGUAAUGUACGCACUCGUACGAUUCGAACUCUAGGAUGAAUGAUGAUCAAAUCUUUGUUGCUGGCAUCGAACCCUAAUCGAUCGUGCCGUUCCGUAUCCUCCACCGACUUUGUGGUUGUUGCUGUAUUGACAUUCAAAGAACAACCACAACAAUACGGCAUCAUUCGUCGCUCCUCGACACACGAUCGGCAAUGAGCGAAUGCAGCGAUUUUCUAUCCGCCUUCGAUGCGGGUUCGUCUACCCUGGCCUCGAGGCUGGACCGGCCCAUCAAGGCCACCGCCGACGACGCCAUGGCGGCGAAGCUUGCUACUACGCACGCGGGAUACUACGUGGAUCCCUUCGUGGACGCCGUGUGCCGGGCCCCCGGAGAGGAACCCACCAAACAGGGGAGGUCGCCGGGGGCCUCGCCCCGGCUGGGUCAGGCCAACGGCGGCAACCGCGGCGGCGGCCGGAGGAGGACCGUCCAGCCGCUCAUCAAGCGGGGGACCCACGCCCGCGUGUGUGUCAUGGAUCKCGCCAUUUCCACCUUCCUGGACACGGCGCAAACCGCGGCGGCGGCGGCGGCCACCGCGGGAGAAGGGGUGGCUUCUGCCUGCCAGAUCGUGGUCCUCGGUGCCGGGAAAGACACCUCGUACUUUCGCUAUCGCAACGGAAACCUGAUGGGAGCGGAAGACCGCGAGGAGUCGGGACCACAAAGGAGAGCCGGGUCCAACCGUGCCACGCAGAGUCCGCCAAGGGUUAAGGUCCCGGUCCAUUGGUACGAGGUGGAUCACGACAGCGUCAUAAAAGAAAAGGCGUCCCUGAUUCGGAAAUCCAAUCUGCUGAAAUCGUUCUGCCCAUUGAUGGUCAAGACGCCAACCGGGUACGAAUGCACGGGCAGCKGUGUUGGCCUGCUAGGAAGUUUCAACGAGGCACCCCAGCCGUCCUAUCAUUUGAUAGGCCACGAUCUGAGAGAAUCCCCCGCAAAACUCUUCGAAAAACUCGGUUUGGAUCCGGCCUUGCCGACACUCUUCACCAUAGAAUGUGUCUCCAUGUACGUGCCGAUCACAGCGUGCAAAAACCUGUUGCAAGCCCUCUCGGUCUCGGCAGACACGGUGUACAUUGCUUGCUACGAACCCAUCCUCGGCAGCGACAACGGGUCUGCGAGGGGCGACCCGUUCGGUCGGGUCAUGGAACAAAACAUCGUCCAGAUGGGCGUCGCCAGCCCGGAUUCCUGUCUCCUACAGACAAGGACGCUGGCCGACCAACUCGAAAAACUAGUCCGGUGCGAGGGGUUUGAUCGUGCGGUGGGUUGCGACAUGUGGUCGGCGUACGAAACCAUAGUGACCGAUGCGCARCGAAAGCGCGCCAGCAAGAGUGAGUUCAUGGACGAAUACGAAGAGCUGGUCUUGAUCAUGCGACACUAUUGUWUUGUCGUAGCCAGAGGGGGUCGAUCUCCGGGCAACGCACGGCAGCAACCCAUUGAUUUGACAACGAUUCCCGGAUCGGACAACACAACGGAAGAAAGAUCUUCUUCGCUGGGUUGGGUGCCAGGAAAAUGUUUAGAACUCGAAAAAGAUGAAACAUAGACGUUUUUGUGUCGUGACAAUCCGCAAAAUCUGGGUGAGCUACCCUAGAAUAGACACCUUCUAAAAUA